UAACCAAUAUCACUUUUCAGAUAUAAAAUGUUAUGAACUAAUUUGAAUAAAAUCAAUUAAAAAUGUAUUUUCAGCAUUUUCUCCUGUUAACAGUGUUGACCUCCAGCUAUGGAUAUGAUGGGGAAGCUCUGGACAACAAGACAGGGUGUCCUGUUAGAUUUGCAGAAAAAUGCCACUGUGGCCUGGGAAGCUAUAGACAAAUGUUCCCUGAUCGGAAGGUUUAUAUAACUAACUGCACGAAUACUGGGUUUGAAGAUCCCUCAGUUCUAGAGUUUGUUCCACGGGAGACUGAAGUACUUAUCUUCAAUGGAAACAGGUUUCCAACUUUACCCUGGAAUAUACUUGGAAUAUGGAAUGAUUUCCCCAACCUAACUGUUAUUGAUCUUACAAACAACGGAAUCAAGGAGAUUCCUGGUAAAGCAUUCCAUAAAGUAUCAAGUGUGCGUCGACUGAUCUUAAAUCACAAUGAUCUGUAUAUAGUAUCAGGGAUGGCCCAUCCAAGGGUUUUCUCUAACUUCAUGAAUCUGGAAGAGCUUCAUCUCACAAAUGCUUUUACUGAGCAGGUUGUCUCACAAUGGUAUCUUCUCAAUCUUCAGGAUAUAUUUAUAAGUUCUCACCUGAAAAAUCUGAAAAAGCUUCAUUUAGAACAGAAUGAGAUCUGGCGGAUCAGUAAUCCUGAUAUUUUCUGUCCUCUCACUUCUCUAAUGGAUCUACAUCUUAGUGACAAUCAACUAACAGAUAUCAAUUUUACUCUAAGUUGUUUACCAAAGCUCCGUUACUUGGAUCUAGAAUACAAUAAAAUGACCAACCUUCACCAACCAACUUUUAAACUAAUAGAAAGUGUGUUUGGAGAUCCUGAGAAAGAUAGAACUAUAAAUAUAAAGGGAAAUCCUUUCCGAUGUGAUUGUCAUAUAUCUGAAUUUCUUCAUUGGUUUAGAGACACCUCAGUUAAAAUAUCUAACAAGGAAGAGGUCAGAUGUUUUGAUGGGUUCCCAAAGUACAAUUAUGGAAUCAGGCUGACCGCACUAAAACAGCUGGAAUGCGAAGAAAAACCUCAUCACAUUACAAGUUCUAAUUCUUCUCAUGCUGUCACAAGAUCUCUUCUUGGGGUUCUAAUCUUCCUCACCAGCUCCCUUAUACUUGGGCUACUCUGGGUUAAUAGGUAGACAGCUCAUUCUUUCAUUCUUCAUCCUGCAUU